CCGUGGUCAACACAGGAGCGGGCGAACAUGGCGUCAAGCAAGAAGGGCGGCAGAUUUGACAAAGGCGUCAACGGGAGACGCUCGUCCAAGCAAAAAGAAGCUCCAGUGGCCGUCGACACUGACAGGACUCACCUGAGCAGAGAGGAUACAGACAAGGAAAGAAGCUUGAAUCCGGAUGCUGUGAUGGACACCAGAGCGGUUUUUGUGGCCCUCUACAAUGUCUGCGAGGAGAAUGCCUCCUUCUUCUCGGGAGGGGCCAAAGGGCCGCAGAGCGACGCUGCCCAGCGUCUGGUGGACACCAUGAAGCUGAUCCAGGAACACGCUCACAGUCUGGAGCCUGUCAUCUCUGGCUUCGCCGCUGUCUACCACCAUUUUGACUUUGACCCGCACAUCCCGGCCAACGGCUAUCGCUCACUAGUCAAGGUGGUGCGUUGCUGCCUUCUUCACAUCAUCCACAAGGGGCGCUACAUCACAGCCAACCGCCGCAGCAUUUUCUUCCGCGUCGCCCACAACGCCGGAGAGAUGGAGGCCUACUGCAGCGCCCUGUGCCAGCUGCGGGCGCUGCUCUACCUGGCCCAGCGGCUGCUGCACGACAACAGCCACGGCGACCUCUUCUUCCAGGACGAGAGCGGUCUCAGCGAGAGCUUCGUGCGGGAGUACAGUUCCAUGCACAAGGGCUGCUUCUAUGGCCGCUGUCUGGGAUUUCAGUUCACUCCAUCCAUCCGACCUUCUCUGCAGACCAUAGCCAUCGGACUUGUAGCGUUUGGAGAAAACUACAGACGCCAUCAGUCGGGAAUAGGUGUCGCAGCCAGCUCCAUCUUCACAUCAGGCAAGUACGCCAUUGAUCCAGAGUUAAGAGGGGCCGAAUUUGAGCGCAUCACUCAGAACCUCGACGUCCAUUUCUGGAAGGCUUUCUGGAACGUUACUGAGAAUGAAGUGCUUUCGAGCCUCGCCAGUAUGACAUCUGUUACGGUCAAGGUGAACCGAGCGCUCUCUGUGCCUCCCGUGCCCCUUGACCUCCCGUUGGCAGCCAACCACGCAGCCUCUGUGACCAUCGCGCCGCCGUCGGCUCACAUCGGCAUCGCUCCUGUUCAGAUGAGACUCCUCUCGUAUGACUUACGGGAAGGACAGGACAGUAAGACGAUGUUGUCUCUAACCCGCUCCGAGGCAGGUUCCAUCUCCCUCUCACUGGGUAUGAAGACCAAGCAUCUGCCUUCAUCCCCCUGCCUGCUCAUCCACUUCCACGGUGGAGGCUUUGUGGCUCAGACAUCCAAAUCCCAUGAGCCCUAUCUCAAGAGCUGGUCCCAGGACCUCGGCGUCCCCAUUCUGUCAGUGGACUACUCCCUGGCACCCGAGGCCCCCUUUCCACGGGCCCUAGAGGAGUGCUUCUACGCAUACUGUUGGGCUCUGAAGAACCACCACCUACUUGGCUGGACCGGAGAGAAGGUUUGUCUGGCGGGCGACAGUGCCGGAGGCAACCUGUGCGUGACGACGUCGUUGCGUGCCGCGGCCUACGGCGUCCGAAUGCCAGAUGGCAUCGUGGCUGCCUACCCGGCCACCCUGCUGACCGCCUACGCCUCGCCCUCCCGUCUGCUCACCCUCAUGGAUCCCUUGCUGCCGCUGAGUGUUCUCUCCAGGUGUCUCAGCGCCUACUCAGGUAAUGAGCCGCAGACGGAGAAGCAGGUGGAGAAGGAGAGCACACUCAGCAUGGUGAGGAGGGACACGGCGCUGCUGCUGCGAGACUUUCGACAGGGAGCGUCCAACUGGAUCCACUCUUUACUGGACUCCAACAGGGCCGCCAUCCCCUCCAGCACGGAUGUAGAGUCAGGGGAAACCACUGACGUGGUGAGGAAGAGCGUGUCAGAGACGUCCAUCUGCUCUCCUCACGUGGACCCCCCAGCGUCCUCGGAGCCCACAAACCUCCACACUGGCAAAUUAUCUGGGAAGAGCCAGACAUGCCAGGACCUGGUAACCCAUAAUUCCACCUCCCACUGUGCACCACUCCUGUCUGAACGCAAUCCCGAACAAGUCAGUUUCUCCAUCUCCAGUGAACCUGAUACCCCUUUUCUUGGCGAUCUGUCGUCCGUGGCCAUACCGCCCUCUGGAGGCGAGGAUGGAUCAGAGUUCCCGCUGGGCUUUGAGCCCCUGCGCUCGGAGCAGCUGUCUGAGAUGAAGUUGCUCAGUUCGCCCGUGGUCAAGGACCCCUUCUGCUCCCCUCUGCUGGCCCCUGAUAGCAUGCUGAAAGCUCUCCCGCCUGUUCACCUCGUGGCUUGUGCUCUGGACCCCAUGCUGGAUGACUCCGUCAUGUUUGCCAAGCGCCUGAGGAACAUCGGGAAGCCCGUCACGCUGUGCGUGGUGGACGACCUCCCCCACGGCUUCCUCAGCCUAUCGCAACUCUCCAAGGAGACCAGGGAGGCCAGCAAUGUGUGCGCCGAGCGAAUCCGCGCCGUCUUCACUCAAGAGGAGACUCCCCCGGAGCCGCGCAAGCACCGCAAGCUGGAACGGACCGACAGGGGCGUGCUGGCCCCCUCCGAGGGCGCGGCCACCCUCUUUGACAGAGUCAUCCUCCUCUAAUAAUGUGAGGGCACCCCAUUUGAGAGUGUUUCGCAACAGAAACACAAUAUUUCUACUUCCUCUCUCUGCUUCCCGCGACUGCCGACAAUGGCGGCGAUUGGCCGCACGCCACAGGGGUGGCCGUCUUUCAGGUUCCAGAGAUGGAGAGGGGAAAGGAUUUAGCUGAAGUGAUACAGAGAAGCAGCAGAAGACCGACUAUAGCGGAUUAGACGGCGCUCGCUCGUGUCAGCCUGGAGUAUUUUCCUCAACAUUUUCCUGUCGGCUUGAUGAAGAAAGGCGGCGCCAUUAAAGAGAAAGACAGUUUUUUUUUUUUUCAGCUGGUCCUCAAGUUUGCCUUCUCUGCACUUUUGCUUUCGGGCUUUAGACUUUAGGGCUUGUACAAUUUGUCGACUACCACGUCGAACGCACAGAGGCUCUGCUGGCACUUUAAUCCUCACCUGAGAUGCUUGCUUAUAUCGUUUUUCAUUUGAGCUGGGCCUUCACUGUCAAUUUAGUAUGAUUCUGACUUACUUUUACUCAAAAACUAGAUUUAGACUUUAGGGCUUGUACAAUUUGUCGAUUACCA